CAGCUUUUAUAUUAUUAUUAUAUUAAUAUGAUACUUUAAUGAUAUGGAAAAUAUAAAUAUAUUUAAGUUCUAUUGCUUUGUCAUAUGAUUUGCACUCAGAAAUGGUAAUCGUAUUUUGAUGAUACGAUCCUUGCAAAUGGGAAAUCGAUAUAUAAUAUUUGUAUACAAACGUAUGUAACAAGUAGAAGGAGGCGUGGCAGACCACUAUAAUGCAUGUAUAUGCUCUUGAUUGAUGAUGGGCUGAGUUGAUGCAGAGAUCUCGUAAGCCACAAAAGAAAAAGAGAAGAAGAAGAAAAAGGAGGGUUCAGCAGAUCGUCGAGUUGAGCAAUCUGGACUAGAGCACAAUUAAUAUUACAAUGAUUGAUAUAAAUAAAUUUAUAAUAUAUAAAUAAUGCAAAUAACAAUUUAAAAGAAAUGUGGAUAUAUUAACAUACAUAUGUGUAUUUGCAAACGGAAAGCUUUGAUGGUCUGACAAUAAACGGUAAAUAUUAAAAUUAUUAGCAAGCAAUGAAGGCUAAACAAAUUAAGACCACGCUAAUUGAGCCAUUAUAUAGUUUAGAACGACGCAACCAAUUGGCCUAUUAAGUUGUCAAUAUUUUGACAUUUGUGUGAGGCUUUCGCUGCAAUAAAAGUAAUAUCCUCCGUACACUGCCACGCAGUCCACGGAAAGGCUUCACUUGUUUCGCGUCCCAUCCUUAAGACUUAGGACAUCAGCAAUGGCGAAGACGGCUGUGUCUCGGUUUGCUACGAUUAUUAGACUUAUUCGAUUCUGUGUUAAGUGCUGUGGCACCGAUGUCUCCAAUCCUAACUAUCGUAUGUGGGCAUGGACUUAUGUCACCAUUGUCACCAUAUUCGCAUACUUCGGGUUCACCGGAUAUACAGUGUAUGUGGCCGUGCAGAUGAGGGAAUUCGCGACCAUUUUGCAGGCAAUUGCGACGGCUGGUUCGGGCGCUCAAGGACUAGUGAAGCUGGUGUGCUGCGUGGGUAAAGCUUCGUUAAUACGAAAUAUACAACACACCUACGAGUCCAUGUACAGGGAGUACGAGGGCAGAAGCGGCGUAUACACCAAGUAUCUGCACCAGCGCAUCAAUAACUUCUAUUACCUUGUGCUAGGCUUCGUCUUUAUCUACUCGACUACGGUCAUCACAAUGAUCUGCUUUCCCCUGUACGAGCUCAUCGUCUUGAGCAAGAAAGCCAUGAUCUUGCACUUCCUGAUACCAGGCGUCGAUCCCAACUCCGACACUGGAUAUGUGAUUAUGUUUGUUGUGCACUCCAUGUUCUUGAUAGUGGGCGCAUUCGGCAACUUUGGCGGCGACAUGUAUCUAUUUUUGUUCAUUAUUAAUAUUCCGCUGCUGAAGGACAUAUUUAGUGAGAAAUUCAAAGAGCUCAACGAGCUGGUCGUGCAGCCAGACAAGUAUGAGGAGAUGCAAGCCGUGCUCUGGGAUCUGCUGACCUGGCAUCAGAAGUACGCAACAAUAUUGCGAGGGACAAAGGAAGUAUACACGUAUGUCAUGUUUGUCCAGCUCUUAUCAACUUGUUAUGGCAUUCUGUUCACUAUCUGCUGCAUCUUCAUGAAAAACUGGCCCACAGCGCCAUUCUACUUAUUAUAUUGCUUCAUCGUGCUCUACUCCUUUUGCGGUCUGGGCACCAUUGUAGAAACCACGAAUGAACAGUUCACGAAUGAAAUUUACUCGAACUGCUUGUGGUACGAGAUGCCAGUGAGGGAGCAGAAGCUCAUCAUUCUCAUGCUGGCCAAGUCCCAGGACCAGCGCUCCCUAACUGCGGCGGACAUGCUCCCACUGUCGAUGACAACUGCUCUGCAAUUGACCAAGGCCAUCUACAGUUUCGGCAUGAUGAUGAUUACGUACUUGGACUACGAGAUAUAAGAGCGAGAUUAUCAAUCGUCGAUGCGUGAGAAAGUUGCUCUUAAUACAUUAUUCUUUUGCUGGGCCUCUUUCACUUUAAAUAUUAUAUUAUAUUUAGCAGAAAUGCUGCUAGAAUUUUUGCACUUAACUGAUGAAUAAAAUCGUACUAGCAUACAUUUAGCUGUACUGCAAUUAUUAUUUAUGUAUAUACAUAUAUAAGUAAAUUUCAUUUUUCCUUCUAAAUAAUAUUUGACUUGCAAACGACUAACGACUUUGUGGCAUUCCGGAUCCACCAUUAUUUUAUUACUCGAUAUAUUCGAUAGUGAUUGAGUUCACUCACGGAUAUAUCAUUGCCUCAUAAUUAGGAAAGCGUUACUACAAAUUGUUCAACUCCAGCCCAAACACGAAUAUAAUCUCAAUAAUUUCAUUAGUUCCUAAAAGAGAGAGUCUUUAAACACAAUUUCAUUUAUAUUGGAAAUAUUCUAGUGAUACAAAUUAUUAUAGUAAUUAUACCCAAUUUCAACGUAGGCAACAAUCUACGAGUAAGCAAUACGGCAAUAACAUUUGUGUUAUUUAGUAUUUGUCUGCUUACAUUGUUGACUCAACGCUACAAUGAAAUUCUUAUGAAUUCAGUACAAAACAAUUUCCUUUAUGCCGUUUUCUUUCUUCUUUGCCCCGUCCAGCAGAUUCGGCAGAUAGGGGCGGCGGCUAAGCGAAAUUGGUUUUUAAAAAUAUUUCACAUUUCAAUUUUUCGCUUUCACUUGCCCCGCCCCACUCGCCGGCAGCAAUGCGUAGGCCUUGGCGGCUACCUUCUCGCAAGUUAUGGGUGCGCAUUAUAAUAAAAGCCACGACCACUGCCACUGCUCCUGCCACUGCCAUUGGGGUGGGGCUCCUGAGAGGGCCAACCGCUUUGGCUUUUACUGUCUGCACAAAUAACAAUCAAAAUUUUCGUGGCGUUGCCUGGGCAGCCGCUCCGUAAUCUUGGAGCGGAGGAUAAGCGUGGCUCGUGGCCUGGAAAUUGCCAUUGCGGUUGCCACUGCCUACAGUCCUGCAGAAAUUACAGGUGCCUAAUGCAAAUUUGUGUGCGGCAUAUUUUGUGGCUGGUGUUUGAAAAUUUAAAUAAAAAUAAUUCGGAGUUUUUGUGCCGCGUUUGCAGAAAUCAAUUUUUCGUUGUAGCUAAGCACAGCGUCGUCGCACAGCUCAGCGCUGCGUCGUCUGAUGUUGAUUCGAUUUGACUCGCAGUCGCAGUCGCAGUGCCUGGUCUUCCAGCUGAUUGUCAUCAUUCAGGCUGAAAACAGAUUUGCCUCCAAUCAACGUGCACUUAAUUUCGUUUAUUUGAUUGGAUUUGUGUUUACAUGGCUGCCUAGGCAGACAUUCAUAUAGCCAUAGACACAGACACAGAUAGAAGAGAUGCGGCCACACACACAGACACAGGCAUAGCCACAGCCAAAGGCUGAAACUCAGAUUUAAAUUCGUUUGGAGUUUUUUGGUCGCUGCGGCAAAUUAGAAAAUCAAAUCAGUUGCCCACUUGCGCCGCCUCGUUGAUGCAACAAAAUUUCUGAAUAUUGAAAAAUUUAUAGAAAUAUUUGCAAAAUGUCUCGCACAGCCCCACAGUCAGCUACCCUCAAACCUCAAAGCUGAGACUUGCCAAAAAUAACCAAAAAAUAUAUAUAUAUGUAUAUACAUAAAAA